AUGGCCGAAAUAAUAUUUCAGCGACGUAAAGUAGCCACAGUGGUCAACGAACCGAAUCCUCUAAUAAUAUUACUUAUAAUAUGUAUAGUACAGUUAUGUACAAGUCAAGUGAUCAACAGAGCACCACACUUCGUGCCACAGACGGGAGAUAUGAGUGUAUUCAGUCUCUCUGAGGACACGCCCGCUGGUACACCAGUAUAUCAAUUAAAAGGUAUUGAUCCAGAGAAUGGACAACUGCGGUAUUCUAUAUCUGGUCAAUAUUUCUCUGUGAAUCCACAAAGUGGUGUGGUCACGUUAGCAAAAACCCUGGACAGGGAAGAGCAAGAUGCACUCGAAGUUAUUAUUAGUAUUACAGAUGAAGGCAUCGCUGGCACGGAACCCAACACCGUGUCGCUUCGCCGCGUCAUACCCGUCAAGGACGUCAACGACAAUCCGCCUGUAUUUCACAACCGACCGUAUAUCGUCAACAUCAGCGAAGCUACUACUGCUGGAACAGAAAUUGAGGUCACUCCAAAUAUUAUAGUGACAGAUCGUGAUGAGAAUGAAAACUCAGAAAUACGAGUGAGAUGUACAACAAAAGAAAAAGGAAGCGAUGCUGAAGCUUGCAAAACAUUUGCGAUCGUCACAGAUAUGAUUACUCCUAACCAGUACCAAGUUCGAAUUUUUCUCAAUAAUCUAUUAGACUUUGAGAGUAGAUCAGCAUAUGUCAUUAGCUUAGAAGCGUCUGAUUCGUCAAACAAACCUCUUCGAGCAACGGCUAGUGUUUCUGUGGCAGUAUCAGAUGUUCAAGAUCAACCACCUUCAUUUAUCAAUGCACCAUAUUCAGCAACAGUACUUGAAAAUACUCCACCCAAUACUAGUAUAAUGGAAAUUGUAGCAAAGGAUGGCGACACUGCAAAUCCUCGUCCAGUAUUACUAACAUUAGAAGGUGAUACAGAAAAAUAUUUUAAAUUAUUACCUGAAAGAUCCAUAGGUCGUUCUGUACUGGUCACUUCAGACAUACCGAUAGAUCGAGAGAGCGAUGUAGUAAUCCAAAAUGGAGGAGUGUAUAACUUUUUUGUUAAAGCCACAGAAUUAAUAAAUAAUGAAGUGCCCUCUGAUUAUACUGUGACACCUGUUACAAUAAUUGUGACAGACGUGGACGAUCAUGUACCAAAAUUUAAUAAGGAAGUAUUUGAUAUAUCAAUACCAGAAAAUAUUGAAAAUGGAAGUCCUAUACCUGGUUUAUCGAUAUACGUUGAAGACAACGACAUAGGGCAAAAUAGUAGAUACGAUUUAAAAUUACGAGAUGUAUUUAAUUCCGAAGGCAUAUUUACUAUAAGUACGGAACACGGGGAAGGAAGAACACCAAUUAGUAUCAAAGUGAAGGAUUCGACAAAACUUGACUACGAUGUCGACAAUGAAGAACAAAGACUUUAUAGUUUCGACAUCGUAUCGUCAGUGGGUAACUUGGAUUUGUCUUCCGCUCGGGUCAAUAUCAAACUUUUAGAUAUGAAUGAUAAUGCACCACUUUUUGAAGAACCAAGUUAUAAGUUCAAUGUACUAGAAAAUGCAACUAUUGGUACUAAAAUUGGUGACGUUCAAGCUACUGAUAAGGACUAUGGCAUAUUUGGUGAAAUAGAUUAUAUAUUAACUGGAUUUGGUUCCAAUUUAUUUAAGACUGAUAGUAACAAAGGUGGUAUAUAUGUUGCACAACUACUGGAUUAUGAAAAACAGAAAAGUUACAGUUUGACGCUUCUAGCAAAAGAUGGAGGAGGUAAAGGAACCACAACCAGCAUUUAUGUGGAUGUAUUGGAUGUCAACGACAACGUUCCGAUGUUUGAAUCUGUAGAUUACAGUAGAACUAUUAGAGAUGGAGCCACUAGUUUUGAACCUCAACUUAUAAUUAGAGCAACCGAUGCAGAUGGACCAACACAAGGCGAUGGCCAAAUUAGAUAUACACUAGAAUCUGAUAAUAGUAUUACGAAUAAGGGUAAUGUGUUCACAGUUAAUGAAGAAACUGGAGAAAUUACUAUUGUAGAUAAAGUUGAAACUAUGGAUACUCCGAGAGGACAAUAUGAACUUGUUAUAAGAGCUACUGAUUAUGGAACUCCGCCACUUUACAAUGAAACAAAAGUUUAUAUACGUGUAGGCGUACCAGGCAAUCAACGACCGACAUUCAAAGGAAAUUAUCAUCACUACAAAUAUACCUUAACACAAAGAAACCCAGAAAGUAAUGAGGACUACACAUUCGAUUUAAAUCCUAUGAAUUACAAAGCCAGUAUCAGGGAAGAUGCUAAGCCAGGAGAAAAUGUUACGACCGUUAUUGCUAACGACCCGGAUGGAUUAGAUAAUCUUUUGACAUAUCAUAUAGUUUCGGGAUCUAAGGAUAACUUUGUCAUUAAUGAAAAGACUGGUUUGAUUACUGUUUCAAAUGAUGCAAAUUUAGAUAGAGAUGUAAAUGCUGAUAAAUACGAAAUUCUAGUAUCGGCUGUAGACAGUGGAAUGCCAGUACCAGAAACCGCUACCACUACAGUAUUUAUCACAAUUCAAGAUGUUAAUGAUAAAGCACCAAAAUUCAAUAUGACCGAUUCAACCACAUACAUUUCAGAGAAAACUAAAAUUGGAGACAUAGUCACGAAAAUAUCUGCUUAUGAUACAGAUGUUAAUGCCCAACUAAAAUACAGUUUAAUCGAACCUAUAAAGGCAUUCUCAAAAGCUGGUGUUCAACUGAAAGCAAAUGCUCCAUAUGACUACAAAAACAUAUUUCGAAUUAAUGAAGAUACUGGAGAAAUACUUGUUAAUGGUGCUUUAGAUUAUAGUCAGGCAUCAAUUGUUAUAUUAACUGUAAAAGUUAUCGACACAAACGCUGAACUUAAUAAAGAUAAACAGUUUGCUCAUAUCGAACAUACGAUAUAUAUUCAACCAUACGCGGAUAAAAAUCCACAGUUUACAAACGCGGGUUGGUCCAGUUCUAGUUCAAUAAUAUACCAUAGAAUUAAAGAAGAACAGCCCAUUGGUAGCACAGUUUUAGUUUUGACGGCUGAAGAUCCUGUUUCUGGUCAUGUUAUAACAAAUUUUAAAGUCAUAAAUUCUGAAACAGGACUAUUACAAGUUGAUCCGUUGAGUGGUCAGGUAGUCUUAACUAAACAUCUUGAUUAUGAAGAGCUAUCUACUUCUAAUUUGACACUAACCGUUAAAGCCACUAGUAAUGAUGGUAGUAAACAUAGUAUUGGCAAGAUCAUAAUUGAAGUCAUGAAUUUAAAUGACAAUGCUCCGUUGUUUGAGAAAGAGCUUUAUAAAGUAAGUGUAUUAGAAUCUGUGAAACAUCCCGAACAAGUAGUGACAGUAAAAGCAACAGAUGCAGAUGCUGUGCUCACUGAAAACGACAAACACAAAGGUUACGCAGAUAUUCGUUAUACACUCAAAGGAGAAAAUUCAGAUCUAUUCUCUAUUGACAAUGUUACUGGAGUUAUAAAGAUAGCACCAAAUAAGACGUUGGAUCGAGAACGCCAAUCUGUACUACGGUUGAUAGUGGAAGCUGCAGAUACGCCUAAUGGUGGGGCGGAUCGUCUCAAGUCAGAAACUACCGUCUUAAUCGACGUCUUAGAUGUCGAUGAUAACGCACCGGCUUUUGAGAAGAAUGUAUAUACAGCUGUCGUGCCAGAAAAUGUGGCAGUCGGGAAAAGCGUCAUUAAUAUUACUGCAACAGAUCCCGAUGAAGGAUUGGGUGGUGAAAUUAAAUAUGAUUUCCUGGAUGAAGGUGAAGCCAAUGGUCUCUUCACAAUAGAUCCAAAAACAGGGGAAAUAAGAACACGUUGGGAUUUAACAGGCCGCGGUCGAACAGACCCUUACAGGCUGCUGGUGGGUGCCACAGACGGCGGAGGUCACACGGGGGACACUUCAUUGUCCCUGUACAUUGGGGACGUGAGCGCCAAUGAUGGGGUCCCCAGGUUUAUUAGACCUGCAGCUGGUGAGGUCCUGACUGUUAGCGAGAAUGCUACAAUUGGAUCGACAGUAUUCCAAGUGGUAGCGAGUGACCCCGACGACCCAAAUCAACCGUCUGGACAACUUUAUUAUUCUAUACAACAGAGUAAUGCUGAUGCCAAAUCAUUUGCUAUUGAUCCCCAGUCCGGUAUAAUAACAACACGCCAGUCCCUAGACAGAGAACGUAAGGCGUCGUACACACUAGUGUUGUUAGUGAGCGACAGAGGUCAGCCGCCACAGCAGAGUACCAGAAUUGUGACUGUCACGGUUGCAGACGUUGAUGACCACAAACCACAUUUUGCACGCAACUUGGAUGAUCCUCCGUUAUUGAUGACAAUCAAAGAAGAAGUGCCAAUUGGAACUGUCAUUGGGACAUUCGAAGCGAUUGAUGAAGACAUUGGUGAUAAUGCAGCUAUAGACUACACAAUUACUGACGGAAAUAAACUUGGUCUAUUGACAUUAGAGCGCACAAAUAAUAGUAAAGCAGUUAUAAGAGUUGCAGCCAGGUUGGAUAGAGAGGCGAUAUCUAAGGAAUUGAUUACUGUGAAAUGUUUUAAAUAUAAUACUAAACCGAAAUUGAAUAUUGCUUAUAACAGAUUGGAUCCGUCAGAAAUUCAAAUAUUAAUCAAGGUAUUAGAUAUCGAUGACCACCUACCACAAUUUGAAAGUGCCAAUUUGACCAUUGGAGUACGUCUUAACGUACCAGUAGAUACCAAUGUUGCAACUGUUAGAGCUGCAGACGAAGAUCCAGAUGCACUGCCAAUACAUUAUAAAGUUGUCAACAUGAGUUUUGAAUCGCCGAUAAAAACGAAAUCAGUAAAUAAUAUUACUAAUGUUAUUGUAUUGAAUAAUGUUACUGGAGAAUUGAAGAUUAUGAAGAAUCUAAUACAUUACGCUGAUGGGAUAUUUAGACUUGUGGUACGUGCUAACAAUUCGGAAGACCCCGAAAGAUUCAGCGAUAUAUUAAUUGAGAUCGUGGUGGUUCGAGAACGAGAUCUACUGCGACUGGUGUUGGGUGGCGGUGGAACUCGUGCGAGGGUGGUGGAACUACGAGAUCGCAUGUCCGCUGCACUCGCUACGAAAGGUCUUCGUAUGCAACUGCAUGAUGCUGCGCAUACGGCAUUUUAUGCCAACCCUGGGCCGUGCUUCCAGUUACGUAAAACUGAGUCUGGAGAAGCACUAACGCCCAAAGCAAUGAAAGCCGCUAUAAGAUCUCUAGGGACGGAGUUCCAAGAGAUUUUAGAAUCGUUUAAUGUCCACAACAUUACGAAUUGCGGUGUAUCGAGAACUAAGCACUCUCCAGCGCAGCACGCCUUACUGGUGCUAGCUGGGAUACUGCCUGUUGCUGCAUUCAUUGCUGCAAUUGUACUUUGCUGUAUGCAUUCUAAUGCCAAACAUAGAGCACGUUCUGCACUCCUGCUCGCCAGGGAACCUACCUUAGCUGCCCCCAGCAACAUCUCCGUCCCCACCAGACUAUACUCAGAACCACUCUACACAACGUGACGAAACUACAAUUAACUAUAGUCUAAGUUAAUGCCACUUAAUUAUUCU